AUGAAUUCAAUGACCGGAGUGAGAAUAGAGUUGACGGAGCUGUUGGAGGAGAUAAACGCUGAUGGCGAUGAUUCUGUUCAGGUGACCAUUGUGCCAAGAGUAGGCCAUCUCCGAGGACCUGUAACCUACUGCUCUAGCACCGACCGAUUAUCGUCUCCACCAGCACUUGCGCCUCCUCCAGCGUCGUUGUCUGCGCCUCCUUCCAGCCCCGUCAAACUCAUCGACAACAUCAGACUUGGUUCAUCAAUGGCCAAAGAAAACCGAGAUAUAAUUAGAUCCCAGUUCACAUUUUCCCUUGAGUAAUGGGAUAGAAAUUGUUUCAAGGUUUUCACUUGAUCAUGAAGUUAACUCAAAGAUUUAUUUGUGGAGAGGAAGCUGUGGAAUAUGGAGAUUGAAAAUGUCUGAACAAUCGUUGGCUUCUGAAACAUAAAGACAUAUUGAAAACUCAAAUCUCAAACUGAAGAAUACCCCAUCUUAUAUUAACAAAAUUUGA